UUUGACCAUCAAACGCCCUUUCUCUUUCUUCUCUAUUAUCCCUUGAUCUCCCUGCCUGCCUGCCUGCCUUUAUCGCCCUUCUCUGUUCUCCUUGUUUCUGUAACAAAGGGUGUUGUUCAUCAGAAACCACUGCUUAAAGGGGUUUUUCUCGUCUUCAAUCAUCGCUAUAUUUCUACCCAUUUUGUUGUUUCUUUGAAUUAGAGGGGUUUUGAUGCUGUUUUGAGUGGAGAUCACUGGUUGUGUUCUUGACGCUUCGUUGAUUUCUUGGGUUUUGGGUUUUGGGUUUUUGACAGAAGAGGAGAUGGCUGGGAGUAAUGAAGUCAAUCUUAAUGAAUCUAAGAGGGUUGUUCCUUUGAACACAUGGGUGCUCAUAUCCAAUUUCAAGCUAGCUUACACCAUCCUCCGCCGCUCUGAUGGCACUUUCAACCGUGAGUUAGCGGAGUAUCUCGAGCGCAAAGUUCCAGCCAAUGUGAAUCCAGUUGAUGGGGUUUUCUCAUUCGAUAAUGUCGAUCGAGCUUCUGGCCUUCUCAACCGAGUUUAUCAGCCAGCCCCAGAUAAUGAAGCUCGCUGGGGCAUCAUUGAUCUUGAGAAGCCUCUAAGCAUGUCAAAAGUUGUACCUGUCAUCCUGUUUUUUCAUGGUGGGAGCUUUGCUCAUUCAUCAGCCAACAGUGCUAUUUACGACACCUUUUGCCGCCGUAUCGUAAGUGUCUGCAAGGCGGUUGUUGUCUCGGUUAACUACCGUCGAUCGCCUGAAUAUCGAUAUCCAUGUGCAUAUGAAGAUGGCUGGACUGCACUCAAAUGGGUGAAAUCAAAGAAAUGGCUUCAAAGUGGGAAGGAUUCCAAGGUUCAUGUGUAUUUAGCUGGUGAUAGUUCUGGUGGCAACAUAGCUCAUCAUGUUGCAGCAAGGGCAGCUGAGGAAGACAUUGAAGUAUUAGGCAACAUACUUCUUCACCCGAUGUUCGGGGGCGAAAAGAGAACCGAAUCAGAGAAGAAACUCGACGGUAAAUACUUCGUAACCAUUCAAGACAGAGAUUGGUACUGGAAAGCUUAUCUCCCUGAAGGAGAAGACAGAGAUCACCCAGCUUGUAACAUUUUUGGCCCCAAAGCCAAAAGCCUAGAGGGAAUCAACUUCCCAAAAAGUCUCGUCGUUGUCGCCGGUCUGGACCUGAUGCAAGAUUGGCAACUCGCAUAUGUGCAAGGCCUGAAAGACUCCGGCCACGACGUGAAACUUCUCUUCCUCGAGAAGGCGACAAUCGGGUUCUAUUUCUUGCCAAACAAUGAACAUUUCUACUGUCUAAUGGAAGAGAUAGACCACUUUAUCAACCCUUAAACUGUUCAUACAGCUACUUAACUUUCCUACCCAAGUGAAAAAAAAAAAAAAAAAACAAGAACAAAAUCUGCUACACCUAACACAGGCUUUACACAGAUGACUUGGGUAUCUGUUCUUUCUUUUGUUGUAAUGCUUUGUAGUUAUAUAUAUAUAUAUGAUAUACAGUUAUUUCUGCUCCUUUGCUGCUGCUGCUGCUUAUUGAUACUCAGGAGCUAAGUGGCCAAAAUUAUAGAGCUGAUAUGAGUUGAAUGAGGAGCCUGAAAGAGCAGAAAGUUCAGAUGCCAAGAAGCCUUCAAAGUUUGCCUGCCUGACUCUUCCAGCCAUUAAACAAGUGAGUGUGUGAAGUGUAGGGGUAACUUUUGUUGGUUUAUGAAUCUUUUGAUGAACAAACUAUGGGCAUUCUGAUUUAUAAGCACUAAUUUUUCACACAGGUUUAGGGUUAUGGUUCAUCUUGUUUGUGAAUUGUAUGUUAUACAUGUGGUUUAGAGAUGAAAUAUAAAGGCUUAUGUUUGUAUACUUCUCUUUUA